AAGAAUCUUGUCGGACUUGAUAUGGUAAUGCGAGGCGUAUUAUGACCCGAGACUAGUUCACUGUCACUUCAGUGCAAACUGGAGCGCUGAGCCAAGGAGGACCAGUAACCCAUUGUCGGUUUCAAUAACGUUAGCGUUACCGUAUUACAGUUGGAUACUUUCAGUAACAAACUACAUCAACAUUCAUUCUCCAUUGAAUUUGGUGUAGCUAUACAACUUAAAUUUGUGUUCACGUUAUUUUAUCAAAAGAAUUCAGACAUGUCCCGGCGGGGUUCGAUCGCGGUACCGCAGGAGGCUGAUUUUGCUGACUUCAGAAGACAAUGCUUGUCGACGGAGGGCUGGUAUAGCAAAUACAACAGAAACGGAAUGGAGGUAUGGGUUGAAAUGCCCUCGCUGCCACCGACAAAAGAGAAAAACAACAUCCCGAAAGUGCACAAGAUCAAGUGCAGGAUGGCCAUCAGCGACGUAUCGGCUGCCACCAUGUACGACGUGCUACACGACGGACAUUACCGGAAGAACUGGGACCCCACGGUGGUGGAGUGCUUCGACAUCGCACGCCUGUCCGCCAACGCAGACGUGGGCUACUUCUCCUGGAACUGUCCGAACCCGGUGAAGAACAGAGACGUGGUGACGCUGCGCUCUUGGCAGGUGAACGACGACGAGUACCUGAUCAUCAACUACUCCGUCAAACACCCGAAGUACCCUCCUCGUAAGGAUCUGGUGCGAGCCAUCUCCGUGCUGACAGGCUACCUGGUGAAGUCGACCGGCCCCAGCAGCUGCAUCUUCACCUACCUGUCACAAGCCGACCCCAGAGGUUCCCUUCCAAAAUGGAUGGUAAACACAGCCUCCCAGAUCCUGGCUCCCAAAGUGCUGAAGUGCCUGCACAAGGCAGGACAGGGCUAUCCGGAGUGGAAGCGGCUGAACGCGCAGAGCUACAAGCCGUGGCUGCACCCGGAGCAGAGCUCGCUGCCCUACAUGGACCCGGCCGAGCUGCGUAUCCAGCGCGGCGACUCGCUGGAGAGCGUCGACGAGAGCUCGCUGCAGAUCGAGCGGGAGGGCGCGGACGAGAGCGCGCGGGAGUGCCACGCGGCCGACAACAGCAGCUAG